AUGCGAAACGAUAGUGACGGGCUAUCAACUUUGCGUCAUCGCAGAUCUGCGUCGACAUCCCCUUUAUCAAAAAAUCGGACCAACCCAGAAGGUAAUUUUGAAUACCAAUCCGAGGAUGAUUCGGAAUGUGAUUCAAUCUCCACUUCGUCACAAAUAAAUGAAACAUUUGAAAACCGUUAUGAGGUGGAACAUAAAAGCCUGAUUCAAACGCCGACAAAAGUACCAUCUUUUCGAAGAGAGAAGAUUGUACAAACUAUUUUGUCCCGAUCUAUAAAUUACGCGUUCUUUACACAGACACUGUGGGCGUCAUGCCUUAGAUGGCGGCAGUGGUUGAGGUUGCAUCACAGGUGCGAUAGGUUGGAGUCGGACCCUUUCCAGAUGUCAACGUCUCUCGAAGAAAAAUCGUUUGUGAAUGGAUCAAGGAUCAGACAACCACUCGCUUAUACUAACAACAUUUUACUCAUUGUUAGCGUUGCGUUAGCAUUCUACUAUAUCGCUAAGUCUAACUCAUCCAGCAGUCCGCUUGCUAUGGGCGCUAAUGGAGCACUCGUGCUUAAUUUUGAGAAGCAUCUAUCCGAAUUCGCUACAAAGUUUAGAAACUUUACAGAGGAUGAACUACGCCUUCUUUUCCAUGUUGGAAGACAGUGGCUGUUGAUGCAGCAAGAGAGCCCCAUUGUGCUUAUUGUUGCUGGAGAAGAAAGCGAGCUCAUCGUUCGAGCGCUUUCGGAGAUUUUUUGCGCUGCCUUUCAUAUUUCUUCACCUGUUUUGGUUAUUGAUUUAACUUCCGAGUCAGUUAGAGAGAAACUCCAUGAGGGAUUGGAUCGUGCUGUACACUCGACAGUUCCACUAGCGAUAUUAAAUGGGGUGGACCACCUUGGUUGGGAUUCUCCAUUGAUCCUACAUGCGUUUGCGGAUGACUCCUCGCUGACAACUUCUCGCGCAUUGCUCUUGUUAACGAUGAAGAAGAAUUUUCACGUGUCUAAAGAACAGUGCGAAAAAUCAGUUAUGGACAGGGUCUCCCCAGCUGAGAAGGAGUUCGACACAUCCGACAUCCCGACUUUUCGGAAUCGGAAGCCUAGCUAA